UAAUGUCCAUACAAGUGCAAGUGAUAUAGACACGUCAAAUAAACAAAAGCGGAAAUACGGAAAUUAAAUUAAUAUAAGAAAUUUAUUAAAAAAAAUCUACACAGAAAUUGUGAAAAUUAUAAAAAAUAAUAUUAAGAAAAGUUUAUUUAUACGAAAAGUGUUAAUUUAUAAUAAAAAGAAAAAAAGUGAUUUCCCUGAAUCCUUUGAAAUGUAACACGUCUGCUGAAAAAAAAAGUUUUCUUUAGCUAAGAACUACAAACAACCCACACCCUAAGUAAAUGUGUCCCAAUCUAUUGUAUAUUAAACAAUACACUAAAAAUAACUUAUUUUCAAACAAAUUUAUUGACUUUUCCGUCUCUGUGGACGAGUGUAGAAAGUGUGUGUGUGUGUGUGUGUUUAAAAUGAUGAAAUAUAAUUAAAAUUAAUCUGCAAAAAUACCAAACAAAUAAAUCAUAAUUUAAAAAAAAAAAAACAAUAACAAUUAAUAAUAAGAAGCAAAAAAUUUUGGAAAUUAUUAAAACGGCACGUUUAACAAAUCAAUCAAUAUGGAUAUAAACUUUUCAAUGUUAAUACUAUUGUGUUUUAUAUUCUUUAUAAUUGGAGCAGUUUUUAUAUUACUGCUGCAAUAUUAUGUGUAUAUGAAAUUCUCCCUACUGCCCGAGGAGACAGCCGAACAGAAGGACAUCAAUUCAAAAUAUAAAUUACCAACGACUCUUCAUCAAACUGCUUUGGCUUUUAAUCAGUCACCUGCUGCUGCUGUAGCCGCAACAGCCACAACCUCAUCAACAACAGCAGGAGCACCAACCACACCAUCGUUACCAAAUCCCUUGGGUAUUAAUUUGAAUAGUAAAGACGCAGAUGCUUCUUCAUUGACAUCGCUAAAUUUCGUUAUGCAGUUCCUAUUUCAUGAAUUGAAAAAUUCAAAUCGCGUGAGAAAAUGGUUUUAUCGUAAACUUUCAUUGGAAUUAGACGAAUUGAUAGCAAAAACAACAACAGGCAAAUUAUUCGAUAAAUUAACGAUAAAACAACUUGAGUUGGGUGAUCAAUUUCCGGAGAUAAAAACCUUAAGAGUUCAUAAUGUUGAAUUGGAUGAAAGUGGCGAACGUAUUGAGAAUUUAGAUUUAUUAUUGGAAAUUCAUUAUAUGGGCAAUUUCCGUACAUCAAUAGAUGCUGAUAUGGUGCUGGGCAAGAAGGGUUCAUUGACAUUAAAAGUCAAACAGCUAUCCGGCUUAGCACGUUUACAGUUCACCCGCAAUCCCUAUACACAUUGGUCUCUUAGUUUUCUGGGUGAUCCCGAAUUAGACUUAGCCAUCGAAUCAAAAUAUCAAGGACGUCAAAUGCAAUCCAAUAUAACCAGUUUAAUAUCGAAUCAAAUACGCAAAGCGGUUAGACGUAAGCAUACCUUACCCAAUUAUAAACUACGUUAUAAACCAUUUUUCCACAAGACUCCCGAGGAGGAUGUGGGCGAAAGUGAGGGUAUACAACCGAAUGGUGUAUUGGAAGUUAAAGUAUCGGAAAUAUCUCGACUCAUGUGCCCGGCACAUUUAACAGAUAUUUAUUGUUCCAUAACUAUGGCUUCGUUGGCAUUUGUAGAGGCUCAUCAGCAAGAUGAUCGUCAUGUUAUGGUUUCUCUAGAUGUAGAAAUACAUAAAGCUAAAAAUCAACAAAUUGGCAUAAUAUUCAAACAAUCCUCGGCCGAUAUGGUAGAGAUAGAGGCAGUGUUACCCAAUACACCAGCCUGUAAAUCGAAUCUAAAAGUGGGUGAUAUCCUAUUGGCCAUAGAAGGGAAACGUGUGACUACCAUACAGCAAGUAGCCAAAAUUAUUAAGGGUCUUCAAACGAAUAAUUUUAGUUUGCGCAUUGAUCGCGUCAUACCGGGCAUAAUACGCAACGAUGCCAUUUUAGAGGAUUUAGACAUAUAUGAAGAUGUAGGUGAUAAUAAAAGUGGCUAUGGCGCUGCUGCCAAACCCACUGACACUAUACCCAUACGCAGUAGCAUUGACAAGGGCACCAGCAGUGAGUCCAGUCUAUCGAAUACUCCUACCAAUUCACCCAAAAAGACAAAACUCAUAGCGAAGGCAUUAAAGAAAACCAUUAGUCGAGAUCAUAGUGAUAGUCUUAAAGAUGAGGAGUCCAAAUCAAAAGCUAAAGUCUUAGCCAAACAAGCUACUCUACACAAGGUUCCGUCUAAAACAAAUUGCGAAAGUCUACUUAGCUCAUUUGGUACUGGGGUGAAUGAUGUGGAACACUAUUAUCAGCAUUCUACAGUCGAUUGUAAAUUGGCCACUUUGAUUCAUAUGGAAGAUGUUUGCAAUUUUAAAUUGGAUCCCCAGUGUCGUUAUUUGAAUGUUUGUGUCUACGGCAAGUCUUUGGGAGAAAACCAGCUGUUGGGUUUUACCAACAUACCCAUUUAUCAAAUAUUGGCCGAAUGCUGUGAGACCAGUUUGAGUCAAUCGUUUAAGACGUAUGAAUUGAAUCCACCCAUACCAGAGGAUUUAAAAAAUCAUCAUUUAUCUACCCAAUCGGGUUUUAAUCCCAAUUUAUGUUUUGGUGAUAUAUUAUUUGCUUUUACCUGGGAUGGUAAUCCAAAUUUAGCAGCCACGGAGACACCCUCCAAACAAACAUUGAAAAUUAAAUCAAAAUCUGUCACCUCGGUAGAUAAAACUGACGAUAGCGGCUACUCCGACACCAUUUCCAUCAAGUCCACUGAUACUACAGCCUAUCAAACACGAGCCCAUAACUUCAUACGCACACAUUUUCAACGUGCCACACAAUGUGAUUUUUGUGGCAAGAAAAUUUGGCUUAAAGAUGCCGUACAGUGUCGCGAUUGUUUCAUGUGUUGCCACAAGAAAUGCAUUAAUAAAUGUCAAAAUGCCACAGUAUGCGGUCCGGUAGAUUGUUCCUCUGCUCUGCAACAACAACAACAACAAACAACCUCAACGGUGGCAACACCCGAAUUCAUGGUUACCGAAGCCGACAUUGGUAAUGGUUUGGAUGCAGAAACCGAAAUUGUUUUCAGCGCUGACAAUACUGAUAAAAAAUCGAAUGCUACUACACCGACACCCAGCAAUUUGGAAGUACAUCGUUCAAGUUUGACCGGAUUAUUGGCUCAGGGUAUUAAGCGUGUUAAUUCUGCUAAUAAUCUAGCCAUACCUGGCAUAGUAUCUUCUAUAGCGGGUGUUACGGGCAAUGUUAGUAGUGUGGGUGGCAUGACACCGGGUUCGAUAGCGAAAAGUUUACCACCAACUCCCCAACAUACGCCCUCAAGAAAAUCUUCAGUGAUUUCUUUAGGUCCAAAUACUUUUGAUUUGGUUACCCAACGUUUGGAAGCAUUGCCCUCCGAUGUCACUAGUUUUUCGACCGAACAAAUUAUUUCAAUUACCGAGCAUAUAAUGCUACUACCUAAGGAUGAAGAUGUCAUGAGUUUGGCUAAGAAUGCUAGCAAAAAUCUGUAUGGUGAUUUCAAUGGUUCCGAGAGAGUGGAUAAAAUUAAUGCAUUGCUCUCAAAAUUGCGUUUGGCUCUGGACAGUGAAACGGCUAUUCACUCGAAUCUAACGGCUUCAAUGAAAAAUGGCAGCACAGAACUUUUGUCCACAACGGAAAAUCCUACAACACAACAUCCAAAUAUUUUAGGGAAAUCCGAGGAACGUAUCCAGGCCCUAAGUGUAACAAUGUUAUAUUUAUGUACUGGUCUGCAGCAUGCUCAAGGCGUAGCCAUGCAGUAAAUGUGAAAAGAUCUAGAUAUGAAAAGUUUAAAAAAACCACAUAUUGAAUAUUUUUUUUAAAAAUAAGGCUGAAACCAUUAAAAACAUAUUAUGGAAUUUUGAAGUAGUCAAAUUAAAACAUACCAAAAAAAAAAAAAAUGAAAGAAGUAUUAAAAAAC